AUGAGAGAGAGAGAGCAGAGGGAGCAGAAUGAGAAUGAGGACGAGUUCUGCAAAGUGAAACCAGGAGACAGUGUGAAUGACAAGCGGGGUAAACCAAGCAAAGGGAGGCUGAACCAGAACCAAAACAGGACCUCUUUUACAUCCAGACUCAGAGACUGUCUCCACUCUACUGGUAAAAAGGGCAAAACAUGGAUAUCGAAGCUGAGGGAAACUCGAGGAUCUCUUUCACAACAGAUCGAGAAGUUUCUCUGGGUUUUUGUUGGAAAUCUGCAGGAAGUGAGGUGGGACAGUGCACAGUGA